AUGGUGGUCCCCUCGAAUGUGCCUGCCAUUGUUAUCCCCAUGGCCAGUGCCAGAAACGACACUUCGUUUUCCAACACCUCGUCCAUCGAGCCCGGCUUUGUCUCCAAGCCAACGCUGCAGACGUCGACCGUCUUGGGACUCGUUGAAGACAAGAACGAAAAUAACGUGAAUACUGCCACUUUCAGAAGGAACGAUAAGCCAGUCCCAACUGACAAGGUAUCGCCUGGCUCGAGACCGCCAUCGCCUGGUAUCGACGGCAAACGAGAAUGCCCAUACGUGAACCGGCCACUGCCGCUGCCUCCGCCUCCCAAAACGCCUUCUUCUUCGGCCAACACUGCUGCAGCUAAUAUGACUUCGCGGCCAAACAAAACAGGCGGCAAUGCCCUGAAUCGGCCUGGCCCUCCUGCCUUUUCAGGCUCGCUCGCACCACCCGGCAGACCUGCUGACUUCAACCGGCGCAUAUCGCGGGACGACAUGUUCCUCGGAUCCCAGUCAAAGAAGUCGGCAGCUGCCUUUGACAGGCGGAUUUCCCGCGACGAUCUCUACCUGGGGACGCGGCCUCCAGCAGCACGCAGCGGCGCCUUCCACAUUCCCAACCGCCAACAGCCUACCACAGUGGCCGAGCUCGGUGGCCUUGACCCGCCAGGUGCAUGGCCGACUCGCCGUGCUUCGCCCGAAUCGCUGAUGUCGGGUGAGAUCCAGAUCGGCAUGGCUCUCGGAAGCCCGGUCAACGCUUCGCCAGCGGAGCCUAUUACGUCCUUCCGGCCCCCGCAGCGUGCACAGGCAGACCGCCUUCAAAGGACAGAUCCGGCUACAUAUGCCUCGUGGCAGCCGAGAGAAAUGGCACAGACAUACGAGAGCCUCGCUGCCGCCUCAGAGUCUUCUUCCACAAGCGGUAACGGUGACACUAUGCCCAUUCAACGCUCCAAGACGACGCGACGAAAGCUGUUUGGCAUUUUUAGCAGCAAACGGCAUCACGACCCAGUCAAGUCCACUCUGACUUCGACAGCUUCAUCCCAGUCGCUCGAAGCUAGCGACGCGUCGUCGCUUGUCAUGACCUCGGCCGUUCCAACAUCCACAAAUGCCUUGUCGGCAUCCGUGGCAACAGAGCGGCCAGGUACUCGCAGCGGCAGCAAAAAGCACCAGCCAAUUAUUGUCCAGAUCGUCCCUGAGCCUGCCACCAUCACAAACAUCCAAGCGAGCAACGGCUCCUCGCCUGACCCCGCGUCGUUUGGAGUACCGGCCGCCACAGCUACAGCAGCCCCAGGCAACAAGGAGGGCCGCGGUAAACGUCCAUUCUUACGGUCGAAGGCAUCGGAGCCUGCUUUCCGGAAAGCACCCGUCGUCUCCAAUCGGAUGCCUAUGGGUCUAGGGAACAACACGAUGGCCAAUCUCACUGCCGCAAGUGGAUAUCCUCCUGCCGGUGACAGCAACUACCUGAUGCCGCCACCAAUGCUGGGUGCAAGCCCAUACCUCGAUGUGGAAAUUCCCGAGGCCCGUUUGGAGCGAUACAGCGUGAUGUUUGGCAACCUUCUCGGCUGUGGUCCGUCCUGGCAGCCUGCAUCGUCGCUGCUUGCGCGGCGCCAGGCCACGCUGGACAAGCUCAAGAACAUCAACGACCGCAUCCGCCAGGAAGACUUUGAGCGGGACUUUGCGGCGGCGGCCGCAGCCGACGCCACAAUGGCCAUCAACGGCUUGCCCAGCCCUGGCCUGCAGCGCCGGGCCACGUCGCCGCACGUCACGCGGUCGCCUGCGUUUUCGCUCUUUCCUGGCCGACCACACAACACUGACAACAAUAGCACCUCCGGACCGGCCUUGACCAAUACGACUAACGUCAAUAGCCCGCUGCUGUCGCCGCGACUUCGGUCCAACACUACCUCCGCGACCACGCGCUCACCCACACGAGCUGGUUUUCAUUUCCAGCAGCCGCCGGGCGUGGCCGUGUCCACAUCACAGAAGACAGCACAACCUUUGUUGGUAUCGGCAUCUCAACGAUACAACAAGAGUCCCCUCCGCAGCGAUAUCAAUGGUCACAGCAACCCAUCAAGCAUGCUGAACCGUCGCGGACCACCGGCCAAGACACAAGUUAUGCCGACGUCUGUACCAGCGCCAGCACCUGCACCUGUAUCGGUGGUCCACUUCGACCCGACGCAGUCGAGGCUGAUUCUGGACUCUCCCACAGAAAUGGACUACCCUGUGGAGCAGACUUUGCAGCCGUUCAAACCGGUGAUCGAGGAGCCGCAGUGGCAGAUGAUCUCACCGCCGUCAUCGACAGGCUCAGUGUCCAGUAGCAGUGCGGGCAGUGCUGGCAGUGCAACGAGCAAGCUUUUGCGCAGCCGGACGUCGGGCUCACCGGCGUCGACGACGUCGCUGGAGCUCGAUGUGGAAGAGCCGGACCCGACGCUCAAGUCGGCCGUGGAGAUUUCCAUUGCGCGCCAGAUUAGCGUGUCGCGGCAGCAGCGGCAGCUUCUGAGGCCACUCAAGACAAAUAACCUGGCAGUGCCCGCAGCCCAGACCACGACGACUUCGACCACGCCGAUGUCUUCGUCCUCGUCGCCGUCACGGUCGGCCACGCUCCGUUUGGGCCGCAACGAGCGACUGCAGGAGACGAAAAUGUCGACACCGACCCUGGUUGUUGCGCCGACGUCGCUCGAUAAUACAACUGUCAACAACUACAAGUACGUCGGCGAGAACGACAGCAACGGUAGUCGUGGUUGGGCGAUGUCGUCGGCAUCUUCUUCUCAGCAGCAGCAGCAGCAGCAACAGCAGUUGCGGUACCUGUCGCCGAGAAACAACGCCAGCGCGAACAGCAACAGCAACAUGCAGGCGUAUCAGCUGGCGCAGAACCGCAAGAGCGAGCGCGUCAUCCUCGAGGCAGUGUAG